AUGCAGCAGCAGUUAUCUCAAGUUUUAGCACUUGUUAUCAGGACAAUGCCUUUAGCAGAUAUAGAGAUGCAACUUGCGUCAUGGCUAGCAAUUGAGAAAAUUAGUGAAGGACGCUAUCCAGCAAUGUUCUUACUGAAAAGUUAUUUUUCAUUGUCAAAUUUUGCUGCAUUAAAAGACUUUGUUCAACAUUGCAGAAUCAAUGAUAGUGCUAGAAAGAAAUUAAAUAAGCUUUUACAGGGUCUUAGCCUGAGACGAAAUAGGUUUUAUGAGAAAGUUUUAGCAAAGGAUUUUGCCAAAGAUGAUCACAAAAUGUUUGACAGUAUGAAUUCAAUCAUCACUUUCAAAGUUUCUUGGAAUGAAGAUGAAACAACAUUAAAGGAUUUUGAUGACUUUCUUUCAACAGAUUUCAAGAGUAAUGGAAAGUACAUAAGAUUAAGAGUAUUGCACCAGAGGGAUCAGAGCCCACUGAAGUUUGAAUGUUCAAUGCCGAAUUGCCUGAAAGAAGAAAUUAAAGAAUGUGUGACUAAAAAGAAAGAUCAAUUAAUACUUAAAGGAAUUGUUGAAGUAAUCAUUGACAGAGAUGUUAUGUUCAAUGUGGAAGGAGGUUAUGCAGCUGUUAUUUUCUAUGAACCAAAUGAUAAUAUGAUGAAAUUUACUGCUGUACGUUCUAUUCAGCUACCUGCUUUACUUAAGUGUAUUAGGGAAUGUUGUCCAUAUUCUGAAGUGGGUUUGAUUCAUUAUUUUCAUUUUGAAUCAUCAGACCCUAUUGAGUUGAUCUUUUACCAGAAGCCACCAACUGGCUGGAUUAUUAAACCAAAAAAUACUAAAUUAAUGCAAACUGAUAUUGAUGAAUUUAAUGGCACUGAUUUUUCCCUUCACCCACGCUGUCCAGUAUUGGUUUGUGGAUCAUGUACUCCUAAUACUGAGCCUCUCCUAUACUUCCCUAUUACUCUAAGAGGUAUAAAGUGUGGCCCUGUAACACUUUAUAUUCACAGGACUCUUGAGUCCACCGUUCCCAAAAUUACUCCUUAUACUGGACUUGUUUAUUGUGAAAGGAAAGAAGAUAACAGAUAUAUAAUGGGAUUUGUAGCUGCAAUUGAAACAAAUUUUGAAAGUAUCAUUGAUUAUAAUAAAGAUUGUCAUUGCAUUAUAAAACUUGUGAAUUUUGAUUUCGAUCCGAAUUCUGACUAUAUCAUCAAGCUUAAUUUAAAGGAGACAUCAUCCAGUAAUUGGAUUGCUGAACCUCAAUCAUAUGAAGUAAUACCACCUGAUGCUGCUCAGUCUGUACAAUACUCUUUAUCACUGGAGGGUUUGACUGAUCCUGUUAGUAUUAAAUUUAAACUUGACCAAACAUUACAUGAUGUAAAUUCAUACAUUGGAUUGGUUUAUUAUGAAUGGAAAGAAACUGAAUAUUUAAUGACAUUUGUUGCUGGAAAAAAAUUAUCCAAACUGGUUCAAUAUAUUAAAAAUUAUAAUGAGCUAGCAGAGAUCAGUGAUGUAUUUACUUUUUCUUUUGGCUCACCUCAUGGUUCUAUUGAGUUAAAAUUUGAUGAUGAACAAUGUAAAGGAAAAGGAUGGACUGUACAACCAUUAGUUGUCCCAUGCAGGCUAUAUCAAGAUGUCAUUGAUGAAGCUACUUAUCCUGUUCCUCCAUCUUGUCUUAUAUCCAUUUUUCCGUCACCUGAUGCUGUUCCUACACUACAUUACUCAGUACCACUGGUGGGUGUGGCUGAACCUGUUACACUAUCUAUUGAUAGAAAAUUUCACCCAGAAAAUCUCAUCGCCAGUACAGCAGCAAUGCAGAAAUUACAUGAAUCACUUGAGAAACAGAAAAUGCUACCUGAAGAACUUAAGUCUGAACUUCAGGGAACUAAAGCUGGUGAUUGGCAUAGUGUAGUUGGUAAUUAUAUAAUGGAAAAGAAUGAACAAAAUGAGGAAGAGAAGAAGAGAUUAGAGAAACAAUAUCUCAAGGAGAAACAGCUUACUAAAGGUUAG